CUCCCUGAUGGCAACUGUCAGGUGUCACAGAUGUUGCAUUGCACUACAGAGACAGAUCGGGGUUUUGGGACCUUCAGUCGUAGAAUGGUUCUUAGUGAAUUUGGAGCAGGGUAUGCAUGCUCUGUCCACAAACUCUUUCCCAGUUUAUCCAGUUUGUUUCAGCCUUGGUUAUUUGAGUCUUUGCAAGAUCUUCCUUCCUGUGACUGUUCAUUCUGUUUUCUUGCUUUAUUUUGUUGCAUUGUUUGACUGUCUGCAUGACUCUCCUUGAGACAGUGAUCAGACUGAGACAGUGAUCAGACCCCAGAGGCCUUGUGUGGACUUUGGGUUUGCAUGCUUGAACAGGUGAACUGGAAGCAAGAUCUUCUCUUAAAUUACAGCUUCCUGUCCACAAGGAAUCUAUUUGCACACUUUUGUUUUCUGUGAGCAGGUGCUUUGUAAUCCAUACUUGCUUGGCUUUCUAUAAUGUACUUGAGGCGGAUGCAAAGAUUAGCUGUCUAAUGUUCUCAGACUCUAAAAGGAGCACAAACCUGUCGACCAAAAGGGAGUCCUGCUCUCCCAGCUUCUGGUGGCAAUAACAAACAGAGACGCGAGAACAGGCCUUUCUGAAAAUGGCGGAGGGGUCCAAAGAUCAGGGCGGGACUGGCGCAGCAGAACCAGAGGAAGACUCCCCCAAUAUGAUUGUCUACAGGAAGAUGGAAGACAUCGUUACACGAAUACAAGAUGAGAAAGCCGGAGGAGUUGCCAUCCGGACCGUUAAAAGCUUCCUCUCAAAGAUCCCUAGUGUGGUAUCAGGGGCAGACAUUGUUCAGUGGCUGAUGAAAAACCUCUCCAUUGAGGAUCCAGCUGAAGCCAUCCACCUCGGUAGUCUGAUCGCAGCCCAUGGCUACAUCUUUCCCAUCUCUGACCAUGUCCUGACCUUAAAGGAUGACGGAACCCACUACCGCUUUCAGUCUCCAUACUUCUGGCCUUCAAACUGCUGGGAACCUGAGAACACAGACUAUGCCAUUUACUUGUGCAAGCGCACCAUGCAGAAUAAAGCCAGACUCGAGCUCGCAGACUACGAAGCGGAGAACCUCGCUCGGCUGCAGAGGGCUUUCGCCAGAAAGUGGGAAUUCAUCUUCAUGCAAGCUGAGGCUCAAGUCAAGAUCGACAGAAAGAAGGACAAGGCAGAGAGGAAGAUCCUUGACAGCCAGGAGAGGGCGUUCUGGGAUGUUCAUCGACCUGUGCCAGGCUGCGUCAACACCACGGAGAUGGACAUCCGCAAGUGUCGAAGAGAGAAGAACCCACACAGGGUGAAAAAGUCGGUGUAUGGAGUACCAGAUGACGGCCAGAGUCAACCAAGUCCAAUCCACAUCAGUACCCAGCCGAGCAGGAAGCCCACCAAAGAGGACGUUCAGAAGGAGAUAACCUUUUUGAACAUCCAGCUUGACAGACACUGUAUGAAGGUUUCCAAAGUGGCCGACAGCCUGAUGACCUACACAGAGCAGUUCAUGGAAUAUGACCCCUUUGUAUCAGGCGUGGAGCCCUCGAACCCAUGGAUUAGUGACGACGCCACCUUCUGGGACAUGGAGGCAAGCUGUGAUCCCAGUCAGCAGCGGGUAAAGAAGUGGGGCUUCUCCCUGGACGAGGCGCUGAAGGACCCAGUGGGACGGGACCAGUUCCUGAAGUUCCUGGAGUCAGAGUUCAGCUCAGAGAACUUGAGGUUCUGGUUAGCGGUGCAGGAUCUGAAACGACGGCCGCUCCAGGAGGUUUCCACCAGGGCCCAAGAGAUCUGGCAGGAGUUUUUGGCCGAGGGAGCGCCAAGCUCCAUCAACCUGGACUCUCACAGCUACGAGCGAACCAGCCAGAACCUCAAAGACCCCGGACGAUACAGCUAUGAAGACGCUCAGGAGCACAUAUUCAAGCUCAUGAAAAGUGACAGCUAUGCACGCUUUUUGCGAUCCAACAUCUACCAAGAUCUCCUGUCAGCCAGAAAAAAGCAGCCAGCAGACACUGAACAAGGUCGUCGCACCUCCUUGGAGAAGUUCACCCGCAGCGUGGUAAGUCAUUUGGAGCUGCGGCUGUUCAUAUCACAGAAACCACACUGGCUGGCUCACUAUCAGUGGCUUUUGCAAUUACAACCAUAUUACACUCUGUUGUGGCUUUCUAAAUGUGUGUGAGCAUGUGUUUGUGUGAAUGAGAGAUUAUUACAGUGACCUGAGUGAUUGCACCAAAGUAAAUCUCUGGGUCCUCCCAUAUUAGAUCAAUCAGAAGUUUCCUCCUUAAAUUUUUGAUUGCAUUCAUUUCUUCUGGUAAACGUGUUUUCAUGAGUUUUGAUAUAUUUUAAAAUACUUUAAACAAUGACUAAGUCAAGGUAGUUUUUUGUUUGUUUGUUUUUACUUGUGCUGACAAAAUUUAAUGCAUUUUCUGUCUUUUAAAA